AACUCUAACUCAAGCCACUCAGCCUCUCUCUCUCUCUCUCUCUCUCUCUCUCUCUCUCUCUCUGUGACAUACUAUUUCUCCUAAAAAUCUUGCAGCAACUCUCUGAAUCAGAGAACCCAUCUUUUUCUUUUAACACACUCUCUCUAGAAUUCUCUGACACUUCAAUUGCAUGGGAAUGAAGGCCAAGCCUCACCACCACCACCACCACCACUACAAUGGCAAUGGCGGUGGUGGCGGAGGUGGAGGUGGGAACGGCAGCGAGAGCAGCAGCAGCACAUCACCCAGUCCACCACCGUCACCCCGCCGACACUCCAGCACACUCUCCCACUGCCGCCGGAAGCUCCGGUCCAAACCCAUCUCCGUCGUCGCUGGAUUUCUUCUCCUCCGUCGAUUCCUUCGGUUACUGGUGGUGCUGCCUCUGCUCUACGUCUCUGGGCUUAUCAUGUGUGUCGGCCCGUUCUCUGGUCUGAUGGGCCAUACCCCUCUUCCCGGUUCUGUGUACCGUAGUCACGAAAUGUUUGAGGUGCUCUGGCCUCACAUUCAGGCUGAUAAUUCCACCCCAAUUGAGUUGUCUUCUGUGUGGAGAUACAGAAGAAAGCUGAAAGAGCAGAAGCCAUGCCCGCCUUCGACUGCUGGACUACAGUUAGAGUCCCCUGGCCCUAGUGUUUACUUGAUUGUGGAGGCUAAUGGUGGUCUUAACCAACAACGCUCUGCGAUUUGCAAUGCCGUGGCUCUUGCUGGACUCUUGAAUGCAAUUCUUGUUAUUCCUAACUUUGAAUUUCAUAAUGUUUGGAGGGAUCCAAGCACUUUUGGUGAUAUAUAUGAUGAAGAUCAUUUCAUAGCCACCCUUGAAGGCCAUGUUAAAGUGGUUAAAGAGCUACCUGAGAUGGUAUUGGAGAGAUAUGAUCACAGCAUCGCUAACAUACCAACCCUUCGUGUCCAAGCUUGGGCUCCUGUGCGUUAUUACAAAGGAGAAGUUUAUCCUAUCCUGCAGAGGCAGGGGGUUAUCCGCAUAGCUCCAUUUGCUAAUAGAUUAGCAAUGAAUGUCCCACCUUCUAUUCAGCAUUUAAGAUGCCUUGCUAAUUAUGAAGCAUUGAAGUUCUCUUCUCCCAUAUCAAAUUUGGCAAGGAAACUAGUUGAACGAAUGACUGAGAUGAGUUCAAGGACUGGUGGGAAGUAUGUUUCGAUCCACCUCCGUUUUGAGGAGGACAUGGUGGCAUUCUCAUGUUGUUUGUAUGAUGGGGGAGAGGCUGAAAAUAGUGAAAUGAAUUCAAUUCGACAAAAAGGAUGGGGAGAUAAGUUCAAACGAAAAGGCCGUGUAACUCUGCCUGGUCUCAAUCGGAUUGAUGGAAAAUGCCCACUAACCCCCUUGGAGGUUGGAAUGAUGCUGCGGGGUAUGGGGUUUGAUAAUAGCACUUCAAUUUAUUUAGCCUCAGGAAAAAUCUACUGGGCAGAGAAACAUUUAGCCCCUCUGCUAAAGAUGUUUCCCUAUCUGCAUACAAAGGAGUCUCUUGCAACCCCAGAUGAGCUUGCUCCUUUUAAGGGAUAUUCUUCGAGAUUGGCAGCUUUGGAUUAUACAGUAUGCUUGUCUAGUGAGGUUUUUGUAACAACACAGGGUGGGAACUUCCCACAUUUCCUAAUGGGUCAUCGGAGAUUCCUUAAUGGUGGACAUGCCAAGACUAUUAUACCUGAUAAGCGCAAGCUUGUUGUUUUACUGCAUGACAUGAGUAUCAGCUGGAAAGAUUUCAAACUUGAGAUGGAAGCAAUGCUCACGGAAAGUGACCGCAAGGGAAAGAUAAUACCUAGAGUGAAAAAAUUCACCAAAAAAUCUUCUGUAUACAGCUACCCUUUGCCAGAUUGUGGGUGUCUCCAAAAACACAAUAGCACUGGGAUUGACCCAUCUGCACAUUCUUGAUUUUCAUGACAAGCUAGGAGAUGAAAAAACAAACCUAAUGCUUCAAAAGUUUCUUCUACCUGUGCCGUCAUCAGACGCCAUUUAUAUUGGGGCCUUGGCUCUUUUCUACUGUGGAUUUUGAAGCGGCUCAUUGCUCUAAAGCCUGUUGGGAAAAUGUAGAUAGUCCUCACAGCAGGUUUUCCAAUUUUGGUUGCAGAAGGAUUCCCUUAUUUCAUGUUAUUCUUUUUUCCCUUUUUCGUAUGGAGAUGUCAGGAGCAGCCUCUGGCAAUGUUGGGGCAUUGCUCAACAUUUGUCAUAUAUAGAUUGGAUAUUUGACAUAUAAGUUUUUAGCUAGAUUUGACAUUACAGCUCUGGU